UCAGAAUAAAAAUUCAGACGUCAGUAUUGAAGUGAAGUGUGAACGUCGAGAAUUUACACAAAUUAAAUGAAAUGGAAACUAUUUUUAUGAUAUAAUUUUAUCUUUACAUUUUUUACAUUCUAAUGAAUUUUUGUAUAUAAAUAAAUGAAUUUAUGUUUCUCUUGUAAUAAUGAAUUUUUAUGUGAUACUUUCUAUUGUGUUUACAUGCGUCCCAUUCACCCAACAAGCACAUCAUGAGUUUGACUUGUUGAUAUUUACACAAAAUUGGCCAGCUACAGUUUGUAAGGAAUGGAAGAAAAUGGAUCCCAUGCAUAAAUGCUCUAUGCCACAUAAAAAUGAUGCUUGGUCCAUUCAUGGGAUCUGGCCAACAAAAUUGGGUACUAUUGGCCCUGCAUUUUGUAAUAGAACAUGGUUUUUCGAUCCUGAAAAGAUAAGACCCAUAGAAGAUAAAUUAUUGGAGGAAUGGACUAACAUAUUCAAUGGUACGUCUAAUUAUGCACUGUGGGCUCAUGAAUGGAAUAAACAUGGCACCUGUGCUGCAAUAUUGGAACCUUUAAAUUCUGAAUACAAAUAUUUUUCCAUGGGCCUCGAUUGGUUAGAAAAAUAUUCAAUGGGUAAAAUUCUAAAUGAGGCUAAUAUUGUUCCAUCUAACAGUAAAGAUUACCAUAUAACUGAUAUUAACGACGCCAUCAAAUCAGCUCUUAACAUUGAUCCUGCGAUAGAAUGUAGAAAAAUUGAUGGACAGAGCUUCAUUACAGAAAUUCGUAUUUGCUUUACAAAGGAUUUGAAACUGUCCAAUUGUGAUGGUGUAUUAGCAAGGAGGAUGAUUGGCCAAGAUUCAAUUAUCACCAACUGCGAUGGUAGUAAGAAUAUAGUUUAUCCCCAUUACAAGGAAAAUAGCCUCUACAUUCAGUUGUAUAAAUUAGUCACAUGGCUGCAAUGGUUUACUUUGUAAAUUAAAAAUUGAAGGUCUAAUUAAAUAAAAAAUUAAUUCUAUUUAUAGAGUGAGGAUGAUAAGACAUUAUAAUUUAGGCAAAACACAAAUGUACCUUUGAAAUUUCAAUCUGUGUGUAAUAAACAAAAAUAUUCUUAUUCAAAAGAAAGAACAAUCCAUUCUGUUGUUGUAGAAUUACAAAUGAAUUUAUGAUACUUUUUUUGUUUGAAUAUAAUUUACAAUUUUACAAUCAAUUUUUAAAACAUAUAACAUUGUUUUGUAUAGAUACCAAUGGAUUCUUGUAUUAUCAAUUUUUUAAAUUCCUUUGGUAAAAUGUGUAGUUGUAAUUAUUUUUAUUUUCAUUAGUUUAAGUAUUAUAUUGACUGUUUUUGACAAAAACAUUACACAAUUAGGCCUGCCAUUAUUUUAUUCAAAUGAAUUUGUUGCAAUAAUACACCUAGAAAUGUAUCUGUAAAAGAUAUGUUUCGCGAUUAUUAUAUUUUUAGUACCUUUUUAGGCUAUGUUGCCAUGAUAAUGUAUUUUCGCAAUAUUUUUUAAGAUCGCGUUAACUUGUAUUUAUGCACAUUAAGGCACAUAUUUAUAUAUUUUAUUAUUUUUACACUUAUGAAAUGUGGUGAAUAAAAUUCAAUGUACCUUGCAUUGACUUCCUGUUUUUAACUUUUUGAUUUGUGUUUAUAUAUGAAUGAAUUCUAAAACAGGUUGACCAAGUUUUUGUACUUAAUUUUUAUGCAUUAAUAAAAAUAAUAGUAUGGGAGAA